AGAGAUGGACGACCGUUGUCAAGUUCUUUUCCCAUUGCCUUUCAACAUCUCUCUCCCACAAUCCUUACCCACCGUCGCCCGACAGCCCACAGCAGACGCACUAUCCACAUCCUCUACGUGAACCACAAUUGUGCUAUACUAGCCGUCCACUGCGUCUUCACGCUCAAGUGACAGUCAUGGCCGAUCGCGCGGCUGCGCCAGAACAAAUCCAACCCCAAGCCACCCUUGCCCCUCCUCCAGCUCAUCCCUCUCGGCCAAACUCGGCCAACUCUCAGAGAAGCAGCUCUUCCCGUGGGCGUAGCAAGAGUGGUGGAGGAUCCACCAACUUGUCUCGAAGCAACUCGAAUGCCUCGUCUCGAGGUCCAUCAGAAAGUGGAAGGAGUGACAAGAAGAGGCAGAGUGGUCCCACCACGACCAUCAGCGGUGGCGUGAGUCUGGGAGUCAGCGGCGAACAGCCUCAGCCGCAAAGCAAGAAAGGUGCAGGGAAGGGCAAAGGGGAGGACAGGAAAGAGAUCGAAGCGGAUGAGACUUCCAGCGCUGGAAAGAGCGAGAAGCAACCCAAGGGUAAUCACCAAAAGGCAAAGAGAUCACAGUCCGCCAAGCGCCCGAACCCCAUCAGCACGGGCACUUCUCGACCAAGCUCUCAAAAUUCUGUCAAGCAAGAAUCAGCGCCAAAGUCCAUCCACGCUGCGACCUCCACUCCCCGCGACGCUCUUGAGGCUGCUCGCGAAGCUGCUACGAGAAAGCGCGCCUCGGGGUCUUCAGGCGGCGAUGCUCUGGCCAGCUUGCAGAAGAUGAUUUCCGAUUUGAAGACUUUGCCCGCUUCGGCAAACGGCAGUGCUAGCUCUUCUGGAUCACGUUCAGCCAGCGUCGCCCGCGAGCCUAUAACCUCUUCAAAGACGGAGCCUGUUGCCAUCCCAGACUCGAGCUCUAGCGCGAGCUCUCAGAAGGCCCUGAAGGCCGAUGCGCCCACAUUCACGCCUUCUUUCCAAAAUUCCUUCUCUCCCGUUGCGACACAAUCCAACCUUUCCGCUUCUCCUUCGACAGCCUUGUCUGCUUCUCACCCGGCGCACCCUCGCUCUUUCUCCCAGAGCAGUCAAGCCAACCAUCCUCGACGCAUAUCUUCAAGCUCGGUCUCUGCUUUCAACCAGUCUCCCAUUCAGUCAUUUGGUAAUCCUCUUCCGCCCUUCUUCAAUAACUCGCUCGCGGUACACCAAGAGGCUGAGAACGAAAGCUUGUCUCCAUUAGCGUUCGCGCAGCAGGCGAGCUUGCAGUAUCAACAACAGCAGCUCUUGGUUGCUCAGCAGCAACAAUAUCAGUACAUUCAGCUCCUCCAAGCUCAGCUUGCUGCUACUCAGCUGUCUCAACAGCAAGCGCAACAAGCUGCCCAGCAUCAAAACCAGCAAAUGGGUAGUUUCAUCGCUCCGCGUUUCCAGGCUCUUGCUGCGCAAAGGGCUGCUGCUCAGCAGCAGCAACAAGCUGCCCAGCUUGCACAAGCUCAGCAAGUCUUUGAGCUCCAACAGGCGCAGCUAGUCCAGCAACAGGAAGAGGCUCGAGCCCAAGCCGAGUCUGAAGCUACCCACCCUCGAAACCAGCCAGUGUUUGAAGAAGAAGAGUCUCCUGAGCCUCGAUCCGGCGUUGUCGGCCCUACUGGUAGGCCUCAGCUCGCCCCGUCAUUCACAUUCGGCGCCAAACCCAAGCACGCUGCUCACGACAGUGUCUCUGAGAGGGGAUCCGCCAGAGAAUCCCUCUCUCCCACUCAAUCCCAUGCUUCUCCCGUCGUUGUCAACAGGAGUGAGGGUAUCGGUGGCGCUGCGGCUACAGGCCUCGCCGGUCUUGCCGCUAGAGCUCAUAAGCGUACCGGAAGUGAAAUGUCUUCUGCUCUGCAGCAACAGCUCGCUAUUCAGCAAGAAAUCGAGGCCCUACAAGCCAAACAGAAGGCUCUCAUGCAGCAGGAGGCCGCCCCUGAAGCUGAAAACCCUCUCCUGAAGAUCAACACUUCUUUGGCACCAAAGCCAAUUCCCUCGCAGACCCUGUCUCGGCAUCGUCGAGUUCAGUCCAGUCUGCCCUCUGCUACUGCUGGCAACGAGGCGAGCCUUGAGCGCGACCAGGAGCAACGUCUGCCUUCCUUUGGGGAGAUGGCCCCUCCUCCUGUCCCCGCUGGUCACAACAGGCGCCACAGUGUCAACGUUUUCAACAAGACUGCUGGCCCAGGUGCCGGUUUCGGAACGAGUGACGACAUCCCCGAGGGCGUCGCCGUGCCUUCUGGUCACCGUCGGACGGGCAGCAGGUCUGGCGCUGAAAGUGGUAGCUGGCGUCUUGGCAGUGGCUCUAUCAGUAAUCCUCCUGGCUACCAAGGUCAGGUAGCCGAUCUCGCUGCUGCUCAGGCGCAGCUUCAAUCUCUUGCCCAAUUCAGGGCUGCUGCCGGUGGUGGUCACUCAAAGAUGGCCUCCUUUAGUUUCCCCAACAUGUUGCCAAACUUGCUCGCUGCGACUACUUUGCAGACACCCGUCGGGCAGUCACUUUGGCAACAGCAGCAGGCGUUCCAGAUGCAACUCCAGCAGACCUCUCAGGGUCCCCAGCGAAAGUCUCUCUUCGCACCAUACCUUCCUCAGGCUUCCUUGCCUCCUCUUCUCCAGGCUGGUAAACUUGUUGUCGGCGUCUUGCGAGUCAACAAGAAGAACCGAUCAGACGCUUAUGUUGCUACCGAUGUACUCGAGGCCGAUAUCUACAUCUGUGGAUCCAAGGAUAGGAACCGAGCUCUUGAGGGCGAUAUCGUUGCUGUCGAGCUUCUGGAUGUCGAUGAAGUCUGGCUCACCAAGAAGGACAAGGAGGAGAAGAAGCGUAAGAAGGAGGAGAACGCGGCGUAUGACUUGAAGCCUUCAGCCGCUAAGAGGCUUGAGAAGAAGAAGGACGAUGUUGAAGUCGAAGGCCAAGGAUUGACAUUGUUUGACGAUGAAGAGGUGAACGAUGACACCAAGCCUACUUAUGCUGGCCACGUUGUUGCUGUGGUCGAGCGCAUGCCUGGCCAGCUCUUCUCCGGUCAACUCGGUGUGCUUCGUCCAUCUUCGGCGGCCACCAAGGAGAAGCAAGAGCUCGAACGUCGAGAGCGCGAGGGCGACAGAAACAAGCGGGACGAGCCUGAAGCUCGACCCAAAAUCGUCUGGUUUAAGCCCACCGACAAGCGAGUUCCACUCAUUGCUAUCCCCACCGAACAGGCGCCCGAAGACUUUAUCGAGAAUCCGGAUUCUUACAGCAGCAAACUUUUCGUUGCGACUAUCAAGCGAUGGCCCAUCACCUCUUUGCACCCAUUCGGUACACUUGUUGAAGAGCUUGGUCCCAUCAGCAAUGCCGAAGUUGAGACCAGCGCCCUCCUCAAGGACUGCAACUUCCCCACCGAGGAGUUCUCUGAUAUGACGAUGAAGUGCUUGCCGCCUUUGCCUUGGUCAAUCCCCGAGCGCGAGUUUGAGGUCCGAACAGAUCUCAGAAGCCAAAGGGUGUUUACAAUCGAUCCUCCCAAUGCCAAGGACUUGGACGACGCUCUCUCCUUCCAGGACAACGGCGAUGGCACCUUCGCAAUCGGUGUCCAUAUCGCCGACGUGGCUUACUUUGUCAAGACCAACACGCAGAUUGACCGAGAGGCACGCAAACGCGCUACCAGCGUCUACCUCGUACAACGUGCGGUACCCAUGUUCCCUCCCCAGCUCUCCGAAGAACUUUGCAGUCUUCUCCCUGGAGCUGAACGAUUGACGUUCUCUGCCUUCUUCACCGUGGACAAGGAUGGAAACGUGAUCGACAAGAGGUUUGCGAAGACUAUCGUUAGGUCUUGCGCCAAAUUGAGCUACGCGGACGCUUUUGGUGUCUCUAACGGUGGCUCUAUGCCCAAGAGCAAGAGCGAUGGCACCCAGCACGCUGAAGAUAUUGAGGCUGAUCUCAGGGCUUUGCAUUCCAUUGCCAUCAAGAUCCGAAACAGACGUAUCGACCAGGGUGCUACGUUGGCCGGAUCUCUCAAGGUCUCAUUUGAGCUAGAUGCAGAUGGUCGACCUGUCGACUGUGAGACAUAUCAAAAGGACGAGGCGUCUGCCAUUGUCGAAGAGUUUAUGCUCCUCACCAACCAAGCCGUGGCCCACAUAAUCGCCAGCGGUCUCCCAGAGCAAGCUCUUCUUCGCCGACACGAAGCCCCCUCUGAGCGCAGAUUGGAGUCCUUCGUCGAACGAGCUGCCAAGCUUGGUAUCGAGAUGGACACAACAUCCGGCGGUACUCUUCAAAGAUCCAUUGAAAAGGUUGAGGACCCUGACGCGGCGUUGUGUAUCGACUUGUUGAGGAGAAAGUCUAUGCAGAGAGCUCGUUACUUCUGUGCCGGCAUGUUGGACAUUGCCAAGUACUCUCACUGGGGUCUUAACGCACCAUUGUACACCCAUUUUACUUCCCCUAUCCGCCGUUACGCAGAUGUCCUGGUUCACCGCAUGCUCGAUGCCUGUCUUGCUAGCCCCAACCCUAACGACGUCAAGUUCCUCAUGGAUCGCGACCAAGUGGCCAAGGCUGCUCAACAAUGCAAUAUGAAGAGACAGAGCGCAAAACUUGCCGAGGAGCAGUCCAUGCACCUCUUCCUCUGUAUCCUCAUUCACGAUCUUACGGAGCGAUACGGACCUGUUGUGCGAGACGCUCGGGUGACUAGUGUUUUGGAGACUGCCUUCGAUGUGGUCAUUCCCGAGUUUGGUCUUGAGAAGAGGGUACACGUGGACAAGAUGCCUGUCGAGACAGCGGUCUACGACGAGCACAAGGAUGUUCUCUCUCUCUACUGGACCGCAAAGGACGUCAUCUCCCACCUUGCUGAAACAACCGAUGACCCCAACCUUCUCAAAAUCAAGUCCCUUGGCGAACGCCUCGCCCUCGGCAAUUCCACCUCCCGCACGACCGCCGAAUCCGCUCUUUUCUCUGGCAACGAUUCUGGCGUAGUUUCCAAACAGUACGAGAAGUCUGUGCACCCCAGGCCCCUCAAGUUUGAGGGUUUGAGGAGCGCGGAGGGUGGUCACAAGAUCCAAGAUGUAAAGGAGUUGAUGAGUCUGCCGGUGAUCGUGACUAGCGAUAUGAGCAAGAGUCCGCCUGUGCUGGUUGUGUAUGCUUGUAAGUCAGAAUGUCUGGGAUUUCUAUGCUUGUUACUGAUGCAGGCUUACAGGCAACCCCUACGCUGCUUGAAGUCUGUUCAAAAGUCAGGAGCGAGCCGGAGAGCGGGCUAAAAGAGAUAACAAUCUGUAUACAUGAUUCUUUUUCAUUGUUCAUUCUUCAUAUCAUAUGUUUCCAUCGACUCGCAUUUUUUUUCUCUUGUCUCUUUUUCUGAUAGUUUUUCCUUUCAUUGGGAUCGGUACGGUGAAGGCGAAGGUCUGUGGAAGUGGUCGUAGUAGGCGAGUAUCAACAAGCAAAGAAUUUCAAAGUCAAUCACAUUCUCGUGGCAUCAGAAACAUGUAUAUUCUGUCUCGGUAAUGAGCGGGUGCAU